ACGAACGGGAUGAGCCUGGCCAGCCUGCGAUGGAUCCUAGUGAUCCUGCUGCUGGUUCUGCUGGAUACGUCGCGAAUUCGAGCCAAGCCUCAACAAAUCAAGCCAGGAUGUAGGUACGAGGGUCGUAGAUAUCAAGAGGGCACGUCGGUGAUUACGUCCGAGCCCUGCUUGCAGUGCAGAUGCACAGAGGGUGCGCUCCGAUGUCGUCUUCGAGUUUGUCCACGAUUACCUAACCCUCCACCCUCUGGAUGCCACGUUCGUUCACCAGGGGAGAAGGUUUGCUGUGCCGAGCUGGUUUGCGGACAGAGCCGGGACUCGGUGUACACGUUAAGGAGAUCCAAUAUUCACGCGGACCAGGAAGAGCAAAGUGAAGAUGAGCAAGAGCCUCAGAGUUCUCGCGUACAAGGUUGCCUGCACGAGGGCGUGAGAUACGGGCCGGGUUCAGCGAUGAUGGGUUCACGUAGAUGCGAGUAUUGCUACUGCAUCUCUGGCGCGAGAAGAUGCAUCAGACCGAAGUGCUUGCUGCCCCUGCCAGGAUGCACUCCGCUCUAUGCACCUCACUCCUGCUGCCCUGUUUCUUACAAUUGCACCCAUCUGCAGUCAUCCACCGUGGCACCAGUCAUGGGAAACGGAUGUCGGGUAGGCUCGAAAAUGUACGAAGAGGGGGAAAUGGUGAGGGACAUCGAGUGGAAGGCCGCCUGCGAUAAUUGUUUCUGCGCUAUGGGUGCAGUGCGAUGCGUUCCGCUCGCCUGCGCGCCUCCUCUUCAAGGUUGCAGCCCGAUCGUACGCGAAGGACACUGUUGUCCGUCCACCUACAACUGCAGCGGUAGCAUCGAGGUUAAGGCCACCCAGAACUACGCUUCGUACGCGUUCAUCAGCAAGGACUACGCCAAGUUUCGCAAGGAGACCAAUUUCUUCUCGUCCAUCGAUCAAAUAACAAAUCCUCCGGUGGAAGGACGAGGUCAUCGAGUGGUCGAAGAACGAAUUGAUUCCAGCACCAAGCAACUCGACGAGGAAUCUUCGAUCGCGACCGAUUCAACGUCCUCGUUGCCUUCCACAUUUGAAACAGACAUGAUGGACAACGAGAUCCUGGAGACGGUCGACUACGUCAAGUCUAGCCCGGAAAUCGUCACUACCACUCAGACUUCCUCCGAGGAGUGGACGACGAGCGUGGAAUCGACGACGCUGGAGGCGACUUUAGCCAACAAAGAGGACGAUUCCGCGAACGACUCGUCGACGACUUUCCCGACGAGCAUCGUCGACGAGUCAACGAUCACAACCGUCGAGGAUCUGUCGUCCACGGACGACGCGACGACGGAAUCGAGGAUCCUGUUAUCGGAAGCGAGCGGAAACGACACGGUGCCGGAUGGAGAGAAGAAAAUCGACGUAACCGUAAGGAAGGAGAAUAUCAGCUCCUCGAGCUCGACGAAUGCUCCACUCGAACAGAAUCUCGAGCUCGUCAAUUCCACGGUGGAUCCGGUGGCCAGUACAGAGUCAAUGGUCAAAGGAGGAUCCGUCAGCAAAACGUCAUCCAGCGUGCUAAUGCCGGACGACAUUCUGGUGAUGAACGUGACUGUGAAAACGAACGUCUCGGUGGGUCACAUUCAGGGUGUCACGAUAAACCCAGUUAGGUCAAUUCCGCCGGACGUCGAGGCCAUACUGAACAUCACUCAUAGACAGAAGGGCGAGGACUACGAUUACGAUUACAGCGAGCCAACGCUACCGCCCUCCUUACCGAAUGUCAGGAUCAUUCCGUUCGUCGCAGCGGACGCUUUGGUGAAAGACAAGGCGGUCCCGUCGCCUGUCACCGGAUAUCCGGCCGGAUCGGUGGUGGUGCCGCCGGAACUGCGACCGACCGACACAUCAGGAUUUUACGACAUCGCCACUCAAGAAAACAGGUUUAGCCCGCCUGUAGAGACCGAAGGUGGAUUCGUACCGAGGGAGCCACUCUAUUUCGACGCUUCUUAUCAUUCGACCGAUUUGAAUCUGGAAAUCGGCACGGGGGUCACCGUUGUCCCUGCACCGAUCACUAACCCUCAUCGGAAAAUCGACGCCAGCCAUUGUUUGUUCGAAAACAUGGAGCAUCGCCACGGGGAGAUUUUACCAAGCAGUAACAUCUGCGUGAUUUGCAUGUGUUACUAUGGCGAAGUGGUGUGUUCCACAGAAAAGUGUCCACUCCUAAAGAUAGGUUGCAGAAGAAUCAACACCGAAGAAACUUGUUGCGGGAAAAUAGUUUGCGUGGAAGCCGAAGAAUCUCCAACGCUGGUGUUAGAUCGUGCGGACGCGACCGCUCCGUCGCUCCAUCAGCCUAUAGUGUCGCCAGAUCCGUUCCGUGACGUGAUCAAGACGGAGCCAGCGCCGGAUUUACCAUCCCUGAUCGAGGACAUGAUCCCCUACCUGGUGGAGCACGGGAUUACCACCCCCGGCACGACCACCUUGAAGCCUUUACAGAGCCAGGCAGCCAAUCACCAACAACACCCGACGAAUUUCGAUUACAUGGACAAGUUAGCCCUGAUACGUCCACCCUACAGACCCGAAGAGGGUGUCGACAGUCUGGUGACCAAGAACAAGUUCACCAUCAAUCAGGGAGGCCAACUUAAAGAGGGAGUUCUAUCUAGUUACAACUCAAAGGAAGAUCAGAUUGUCGAACACGUUUCAGAAUCUGUUCAUCAGGUCCCAGGUUUCGAUUACGAGAAGAUGAGCUCACCGUUGACGGACCGUACCACAGCGACGAAGAGAUACGAAGAUCAUAUUUCUUCUAACAACAUCACGGAGUCUACUUUCUCGAAAUUAAACGCCUCGAAAAGUAACGACAGCGUUACGUCUAGUAGACCUGAUUUCAAAGACCCUUCAUCGAUGAUCAACGAGACCAAGGUUCGAUCUACCACGUUGAAAACUCCAGAAGACCUGGAAGAACCUAUAUUCUCCCUCGAUACUGUCCUGGAUCUACUGUUCUCUUCGGACCCAGCGAAUAACAGCCCUGUUAGCGAAAGUACUAGAACGCCUGAAUCUACGACAACCAGCAGGUCAACCACGAAGCUGAAGAGCUCUACCGAGCCUGCGAAAAGUACAGAACAGCCUGUGACGGAAGCUGCGACCGUUUCGAAGGUCCUGGAGAACGAGAUCCCCGUUCCAGUGGCUAGUUUAUUGAAAUUGGCAGGAUGCAACAUUUACGGUAGGAUGUAUCGCGUUGGGAGGAUCAUCACCGAGCUGUCUGGACCCUGUCUAGAGUGCAGGUGCACGGAAAUCGGUGUUCAAUGCAAGCAAUUGCAAUGCUGA